UUGUUGAAGAUGGUUGAACGAAUUAAUAUCAACUUUCUUCGUUAAUAACUAGCAAAAUAAACAAUGAUUUAGAACAUUUUAUACGAUUAUUGUAAUAACUGUUUGUUCAUAUAUUCAUCUUCUAUAAAAUGGGUGACAGUAGCGAUUCGGAGGAGUUUUUUGACGCUGAAGAGUUCACACCCGUCAAGGGUUCAAAGAGAUCAUCAAUAUGCAAGAACAUAAAUGUAACAGACAGUUCUAAUGGAGAGAAGGAAAGAAAACAUAGCAAAACUAAUGAUUUUCAACCUGUUGGUGCUACCAGCACUCCAGUUCUAGAAAACACAGUGUUGCAAGAUGAUAGAAAUACUGUCAAAAAUGUUGUGCAGGGUCGUAAACGGUUUCAAGAGCUACGACGGUGCAUGCAGACAGAGGAAGAAGAUGAACCUGACCCCGGUGCUCCUGUAUCAGCUCCCAUGGAACACCCAUUCAAGAUUAUAUCUCAUGACACAAUGAGCUUGCAAAGUAUGACGUCACUCGGCAGGAUUGGAAGAAUUUUGAGUGGAGCCGCCGAGUCACAUCAAAAUAUUCGUGAAUCGACCUUUGCGCCAUCAGCGUCUUCAAGAGAACCUUCAACUAUAUCAGAUGAUCCUUUGAAUGUGGACAGAAACCAAACAAUUGCGCUAGCGAUGGCGGAGCCGGACGUGAUCGCGAGCACGAAGGCGAACAGCCUGAAGCAGAGCCGCGCCGGCGCCGUGGUGGCCGUGAGCGGCGCCGCCGAGCCGCGCCCCGUCGCGCCGCCGCGCCGCAAGAGGAGAAACAAGCUGCACGGGUCGCAGUCGCUGUCGACUACAGAAGGGGACAACUUAAGCGUGUCGGAGUCACACAGACCACUCGAGGAUUUAUUGGUGGAGCCUCUCUCUAACGCUGUGAAUCAAACGAUAUCAUUGCCCAGUCCAGCUAGCACAAUAGAGUCGUUGACCAGGGAAUUCCAGGACUCGUUGGAGUUAUCACAAUCCAGAUACGCAGAUAUGUCACUCAGCGUUCACGAGUCGCGUUCAAGCGAGCGCGCGAGCACUUCUUCCAGAAGCAGUACCGCCACCUCCUUGAGGCCUCUACCUCAUCACUCCACAUUGGACAUCAAAGAAGCCGUUAAAGGAGACUAUGUGGUGAGACCACAAGACGAGGAGCGGUCGCGCGGCGGGGUGGGAGACGGAGGGGAGGGCGAGGGUGGCGCCGGCAGUGGCGCUGCUGGAGGAGGGUCCGCACGCACGCACAGCGAGGGUCGACCACCCACUACAGGGACCUCCAGUCUCGGCUCCGCGACCAGGCGCGGCGGGGGCGCGCGCGCGCGGCGGCGCUCGGCGGGCGACCCCCCGCAGGGCGCGGCGCUGGGCCCGCAGCUGUCCGACAUCGAGAUCCUGGAGCAGGUCACCGUGCUCAACCUGGACACGGGCGAACGCAUGCCUCUAAGCGUGGCUGAACACAAAUUACCGCAAUGCAUCAACCCACUAAGUUUACACAUUAUGCGCCUCACGUCCGAGUACAUUGGACGCACGAACGACGACGAACACACGAGUCCGAAGAGCAAACCAAAGAAUAUAUGGAGGAAGAGAGCCUCGAUCAGUAUUUCAAGCACUUCCUUCAGCCUUUUGAAGCGAUCUCCGUCCACGCCCAUACAACCUGCACUAUCAAUCCUCAGUAUAGACACUAGAGAAACGGAUGAAGAGAGCGAAAGCGUCUGCGCUGGCGGCGCUGAAGAUGAAAUGAAGGAGACAAAGAAAGAAGGAACAGACAGACAAACUACCGCCAUCAAGAGGAAGACUGAGAAACUGAUGCGUGCAGAUCUAGUGAAGUGUCAUUCCCAAGACAACAUUAAUAUCAGGUUAAAGCGGUUUUUCGGAAGCACGGUUAAGAAGACCGUGGACGCGGCCAAGUCGCUCGCGCAGGAGGUGUCGCACGCGCGCCACAAGGAGGACGUGGCCGACAUCGCCGACGACGUGCGCGGGGAGCACAACAUCAAGCUGAAGGCCUCCAACUCGCACAAGGGACCGUACGACUUCGACGGAUGCGUCCGCUACGUGCAGGAGAUGGGCGCGGGGGAGGCGGGGGAGGCGGGCGGCGCGGGCGGCCACGCGGGCGCCGUGUGGUGCUGCAAGUUCAGCGUGUGCGGGCGCCUGCUGGCCACGGCCGGACAGGACCGCCUGCUGCGCAUCUGGGUCACGCGCGACGCGCACCGCAUGUUCCAGGACAUGCGCACGAAAUACAACGCGAAACAGAAGGCGUCCCCUACCCCAUCUCAGGAAUCUCUCGCUUCCCUGGCUGCCCCUCCCCCCUCGCCGGAAGACCAGCCUAUCGGACCUUCCGCGCCGUUCUGUCCGAAACCGUUCUGUAUCUAUUCCGGUCAUACUUCCGAUCUCCUAGACGUAUCCUGGUCGAAGAACAACUUUAUCUUGUCGAGUUCUAUGGACAAGACUGUCAGAUUGUGGCAUAUUUCGAGAGGGGAGUGUCUGUGUUGUUUCCAGCACAUAGAUUUUGUGACUGCGAUAGUGUUCCACCCGCGAGACGACAGGUACUUUUUAUCUGGAAGUCUAGACGGAAAACUAAGGCUCUGGGACAUCCCUGAUAAGAAGGUGGCUGUGUGGAACGAAGUCGACGGCAAAACGAAACUCAUAACAGCCGCGAACUUCUGCCAAAACGGGAAAUUCGCGGUCGUCGGCACAUACGACGGACGAUGCAUUUUCUACACAACGGACCAACUCAAAUACCACACACAGAUCGACGUGCGGUCCACGAGAGGGAAAAACUCCACCGGCAGAAAGAUCAGCGGGAUCGAACCGAUGCCCAAUGACGAUAAAAUCUUAGUUACAUCGAACGACAGUCGCAUCCGACUCUACGACUUAAGGGACUUGAACUUAUCGUGUAAAUACAAAGGGUACGUAAACGUCUCCAGUCAAAUAAAGGCGUCCUUCUCACACGACGGUAAAUACAUAGUGAGCGGUUCCGAAAACCAGUGUAUAUAUAUAUGGAAGACGUGUCACGACUACUCGAAGUUCACCUCAGUUAGAAGGGAUAGGAAUGACUUCUGGGAGGGCAUAAAGGCCCAUAACGCAGUGGUCACGUGUGCCGUCUUCGCACCGAACCCUGAUCAUAUGAUCAGGAUGAUAAAUGAAAGAGAGGAGAAGAUGAAUGCCAACGCCCACAAAACGAUUGAUGAAAAAGAUGAAGUGAAGGCAGCUGAAGGCGGUAUGGUGUCCUCAUCUCAGACGGGUCACGUGCUCGUGAGUGCGGACUUCAACGGCUGCAUCAAAGUGUUCGUGCACAAAGCUAAGCCCAAACACAGCUCCCUGCCCGCCUCCGCUCUAGCUUAAUGUUACAGCCUUACAUGACACUAUACAACACGAUAAUUUAUAGUGGAGCUAUUCUAAACAGCCGGGUGCUCACGGCUUCAGCGUGAGGUGUAUCAAUAUUGUGACGUCACUCCGAGCCUCGUACGUAAGGUCGCGACCUUGAGUUCAAUUCUAUUUAAAUUUGUCCUUCCACCCACUUUUAGUUAAAUCUUAAAAUCUUAGUUAAUGUGAAACUCGCGUCGUCAUACCUCUAAGUGAGUACCCGGCUUAAGAUCGAAUUCGAAACUCGACGUAGAACUCGAUUGUGAAAUGUCAGAAUUAUACGUAACAUUGACUGUAAUAAUAUUUAAAUGAUACGCGUAUCAAAAUUGUGUUGAACCGUAAGUAUACAUUUCACCAUCGACUUAAUCAUCGAGAGUCAAAUUUGUUUUCAUACUGAAUAUCUUCGCUUAUUGAAUGGCCUGUUACACCACAAACUGGUAUUCUUGUAGUAGUCAGCUACGAUUAUUGUUUACAAUUUAAACGCCUAUCUUCCGAAUGGUAGGUUUAUGUAGGAUUUUUCGGGGAAAACAUUAAACGAAAACCCAUUAAAAAAUAAAAUAAAGACGCAUAUCAUUCUGAAUAUAAAUCAAGUAAAAACACUCAAUAUCCUCAUACUACUCCUACAAUAAAACAAAGAUCAUCUAUAAUAUACGUUUCUCUUAUACCAAGAAGUGGUGACAGGUCUAAAAUUUCAUUUAUUUGUAAUCGUACAAAAUAUUUUACAAUAGUAACUUUAAAUGUAUACUAAGAUGAAUACGUGCAAUAGAAUCUUAGAUCCCUCUUAUAAUAUCUCGGAUUAAGUGUUAUUUUGAAAUCAAUGUUAAUAUAUUUAAGUUAUAAAGUGACAGUAAAAUACGCGGGAAAUAUAAAUUGGACAGAAUAAAAACUAUUUUCGUGAAUAAUCAUAUUAUGAAAAUGUUAAGUCUUAUUUCGUAAUUGUAUAGAAUUAUUAAUUAAUUUCUAAGCUUCGGACACAUGUGAUAUAUGUGCGCAAACUUUAAAUUACUAUUUAUGUCUUUUAAAUAUUGUACUUGAAUUGAUUAUUUGUAGAUAUAUAUUAUGUAAUUAUGAAAAAUGAGGUGCAAUUUUAUUAUUAUCAAAGUAUAUAAUUCUUCUAAAUUAUUUCAUUAAUUUAAACUUUCGAGCAUAUUAAACAGCCUCGCAAACGGGUGUAUGAUUAAUGAGUGAUUAAAUUUAAUCUUAAAAAAAAAGAUUGACAAAUAUAUUUGUUGAAAAACUAUCCAAUAACUAAGUUUUACAGAGCAAAUUAUUUUUUUUAAAUCUCGCUACACUUGUAUUUUAUUUUAAUCAGUAAAUUUACUUUUCUUUAUUCAAAGUAAUAAUGAUUAUACAAAAGAACUAUCUUUUUUUUUGUUAACUGUUCUUCAUAGACCUUAGCCAGAUAUACAUUUUUUUAAAUAUCUGGAUAAUCUUACUAUUGUUUUGGAUAAAUGGUAUCCUAUACUAUUAAUUUGUUCGUUAAAAUCCAUUAAUUAUUUUUGUAAAUGUAUUUUGCCCUCACAUGAUUGCAGUAAAUAUACUUAGCCGUUAUAACAAAAUAUUUAUUGUACAGAGGCGAUAAUUAGAUAAAGUACGGCGAAUGUAAAACUUGUAAGUUGGUAUUAAUGUGAAGUUAUUUAGUGUUGCAAUAUACCAUUGAUAUAUUUCGAAUAAUGCACAUUAAUAAGUCAAAUGCUUUAAAACUAACGAUAAUUAUUUUAGAAACUAUUAUAUUUAAUUAUUCUCUGUAUAUUUGUUAUUUUUUUUUUCUUAACAUUAAUUCCAUGUUCUAAUAUUUUAAUUCUUGCCUUUGUUAUGAAAUCAUGUGAUUAAAAUAUUAAGCGUAUUAUUGUAUAGUUAUUGAUGCCAUUCAUGAGGUCGUAUAAAGAUGUAUAUUUUUAAUUCGCAUUUACAGGUAAUAAAUCGUUAUUUACUAAA